AUGACUUGGGGCGAAGACAGUGUUGCAAACACUGGAGGUGGAGGUGGAUGGCGCUCUGCUUCUACUACCAACAACUACUCUUCUUCAACCAACUGGGGUGCUGGAGCUGAAGCUUCUUCAUCCAACGAAAAGUCCUGGGACUCGGGCAACGCUGCUGCUUCCUUUACUGACUGGAAUGCUGGUAGUGGUGCUUCUGCUGGUGGUGGAGGUGGUGGAUUUGGCAACAACCGAUAUGAUGAAAGAGGCAAUGGUGGAGGUGAUGCUGAACGUGGUUCAUAUCGCGGUGGUAGUGGUGGUGAUCGAACUUGCCGAAACUGUAACGAAGUCGGUCACAUCUCGAGGGAAUGCCCACAUCCAAAGGUUGCCAAUGAGAAUACUUCUUGUCGAAACUGUGAAGGAAAGGGACAUUUCUCGAAAGAUUGUCCACAAAUCACUUGCAAUGUAUGCAAUCAAAGUGGCCAUAAAGGAAAUGUGUGCCCUACCUUGACUGCUCCUCUCGCUCGUGCUACAGAUGAAGAAUGCACUGCAGCGUGGGAUGAAAUCCUUGCAGCUGAAGACAUUGAUGACGCCAAACAUGCCAUCAAAGACUAUGCUGGCAAGGAUACUACAAACACCUGGCCAAAUAUUGAAACUCGUCUUCGAGAAGCUGGCAGUAAGAUCUAUCUUGCUGCAAAGCCCAAGAUGCUCCCUCCAGACAAGGAAAUCGCUGAUUUGGCUGGUGCUGGAAACAAGAGAUACGAAGUCCAAGUUUUCUUUGGUCGACGAGGUCUCAAGCAGGCCUACAAGAAUCCAGACUCUGAAGAUGAACGCAAAGAAAAUCUUGAACGUCUUGCUGACGCUGGUAUUACCAUUCGUCUACGUCGUCGAGUUGGUGGCAAGUUUGAAAUCCCAGACUUUGCCAAACAACACUUGAACCACAAGCAAUCAGCAUAUGCCGAUGGUGGAUGUUAUCGCUGUGGAAGAAUGGAUCAUCAAAGCAAGGAUUGCAAGCCUACUGAGGAAGACGAAAAGAGAAAGGCACCUGCAACAACUGCGGAGAAGAGGGCCAUCGUGGAAGUGAAUGUACCCAAGAACGAAAAUUCACAGGAACUUGCAACAACUGCCAACAAGAAGGCCAUCGCUGCUCUGAUUGUCCAGAACCUCGAAAAGGCCGAGGAAAUUGUUACAAUUGUCUUCAACCUGGACAUGACAGUCGCGAAUGUCCAGAACCAAGGAAGCAUCGUUGCAGGAACUGUCAAAGUGAAGAUCACAAAGCCUCUGAAUGCCCCAAUCCCCCCUCUGAAGGCAGUGGUAAUAGCACUUGUCACAUUUGCCAAGGAAACCGUGAACUUUGCCAAUCAAUGUCCUAUGAACAACAAAAGCUCUGACAAUGGAGGUCGUACUUGCCGUCGCUGUGGAGAGCCUGGCCAUCAAAGUCGCGAUUGUCCAUCUGGUGGUCGUAGUGGUAGUGGCGGUGGUGGAUUCUCCAACUCUCGCUCUGGUGGUGGCGGCAAUGAAUGGGGUUUCAACAACAACAACAACAAUCGUCAACAACAAGGUGGGGGAGGAAGUGGUGGAAACAACUGGGGCUCCAACGUAUUCUCCGGCGGCGGCAACAACGACAAUCAGCAACCUGGUUGGAAUACUGCUGCAAGCUCUCAAAUCUCUGGCCAAAUCUCAAGUGGUUGGUAG